UCGCAGAGUAACAGCAGCAUCUUGCGAGCAGAGCAUCCCUCCGUCCUUCUCUCUGGGAAAACAGGGCUGCUCGUUGAAUUAUUGACACCGAACAAAACCCUCUGCAUUAUUGAACAUAAUCAAAGCCGAAGUAUUGCUGGAUAUACGCUGCGCCUCGACGUCAGGAGAGCGAGUUCCCCCGUCCCCGGAGAAACACAGGGGCUCGGUGUGAAAGCAGAACCGGACCCUUUCAGCACCAGAGACAGCGACCAUGGCUCCAGUGAUGGAGGACGGAGCUCAGCUCGUGGCAGUGCCAGUGGGUGUAGCUGUGGUGAGUGUCUUUGGCCUUGUCUUCACUGUGUCAGCCUUUGCGUGGAUCUGUUGCCAGCGUAAAAACACCAAAUCCCAGAAGACGCCUCCCUACAAGUUUGUGCACAUGCUCAAAGGGGUCGACAUCUACCCAGAGAGCCUCAGUGGCAAGAAGAAGUUCGCUGCACCUGCCACCACAACAACAAACGACACCAGUAAAACUGACGUUAACGGAAACUGCCACACUGUGUCACCAGUGAGUCCGUCUGGCACCGGUAAACAGGUGUCAAGUCCGAACGGUUCCAGACCGGCUCUGCACCUGGAUUUGGAGAAGCGGGAUCUUAAUGGCAACUUCACCACCAAACCAUUUCACCACCACCACCAGAAGGUGCGGAGCUCCCCAGACCUGGAGCUGCCAUCUCCCCAUGCAGGGUUCACCCAACCUGGGGCAAUAGACCGCCGUGACCUCCCUUCACCAUCUAGCACCCUCUCCAGCCAGGCACCCACCCCAGCUGUGGACAAGCCCCAUGGCGAGGAGAGGGAGGGUGGAUUAGGGACUCUCCACUUCUCCCUGGAGUACCAGCCAGAGAGGAAGGCAUUCAUUGUCCAUAUCAAGGAAGCCCAUGGCCUGACCCCAACUGAUGAACAGUCACUGACCUCUGACCCCUACAUCAAGCUGACCCUGCUGCCGGAGAAAAAGCACCGGGUGAAGACCAGAGUCCUCAGGAAGACUCUGGACCCCGCCUUUGACGAGACCUUCAGCUUCUACGGGAUCCCUCUGGCCCGAGUGUCGGAGUUGGCCCUUCACUUCAUGGUGCUCAGCUUUGACAGGUUCUCCCGUGAUGAGGUCAUAGGCGAGACCCUCGUCCCCUUGUCUGGGAUCGACUUAUCAGAGGGGCGUGUCCUGAUGAGCCGAGAGAUCAUCAAGAGGAACGUCAAGAAGUCCUCAGGCCGAGGUGAGUUACUGCUCUCCCUGUGUUACCAGUCCACCACCAACACUCUGACCGUGGUGGUCCUCAAGGCUCGCCAUCUGCCCAAGACUGAGAACAAUGGACCUACAGAUCCAUAUGUCAAGGUGAACAUGUACCACGGCAAGAAGCGCGUGUGCAAGAAGAAGACCCAUGUGAAGAAGUGCUCCCCCAACCCAGUCUUCAACGAGCUCUUUGUCUUUGAUCUGCCCUCCGACGAGGGCCUCAGGGACACCAGCGUGGAACUGCUGCUGAUGGACUCAGACACAGGCAACUCACGCAACCCCAACACCGUCCUCGGGCGCCUGGUGCUGGGCACAACGGCAGCGGGCACCCCCGGCGAGCACUGGAGGGAGAUCUGCGACCACCCGCGUCGCCAGAUCGCCAAGUGGCACGCCCUGUCAGAGGAGUAGAAUGCCGGGGUGUUGGUGAAAUCUGACGUCCAUACCCUAUCAGGUCCAACCACAAGAGGGAUGGAAUGAGGAUGGGCAGGAUCUAAUGUCUUGCUAACCAAGUACCCAUUGGACUUUCAGUGAGGGUGGGUGAGGGAACAAGGGGGAGGGGACUUUGAUGUUGUGGGGAGG